GAAAACCAAUUGACAACUGAUGACAGUUUUCGUUUUUAACCUCAAUAAUUUGCGAACCCAAAAUGGGCUGCGAAAAAGUUGAGACUGAAAAAAAAAUAUGUUGAAAGCUAUUUUGGAAAUUUAUUUUUCGUUUACAUCGGUUGCUUCCCAUCGAAAUCGUUAAGAUGAAAUCAAAAGGUCAUCUGUCGACUCACAAUUUCUUCAAAAAAGAGCAAAAGAAGGCGGCUUUUAUGGUACCCUGUCUGAUCCUGGUGAUCCUAUCUCUGAGUGUUUCCAUCGUAACGGUCAGAGAUCUAGAAUGGGAAGACCACAUAUCCAUAAGGUAUGGACUCGUUCUGUUCGUCAGCGGUCUAGUAUUCUUCCCUUCGCUCUACCUAGCCCUGAACGCUCUUUUCUUACACACAAACAACGGUCGGAAGAUCGUCAGGACUUACAAGCUCAGCCACAGCGACGUUUAUGACAUCAGUAAUAAACAGGUAUCGGCGGUGCAGGCCUUGUUCUGCUGCAUAACAGGGUUGACUUCUGUGUGCUACUCAUGCUCACGGAACAUUCUCAGGACUUCACAUUAUAUCUCGGAGGCCUACGCAUGGUUCGGAGCGGCCUAUUUCUUCUAUGACAUCUGGUCCAUGUACAAAGUAUACAGCUCCAAAGUAACGUCUGCGCAGAUGAACGGAGAUGCCAAAAGAAUCAACAGGUUCCUUUGUGGAUUGUUCAAGAUUCUAGAUUAUCUCAAGAAUAAUUCUGUCAUUGUCGGACAUCACAUUUUCAUUGGAUGUUUUGGGUUUUUGGUCAUCACUUAUCUUCGAGGUGGCUUAGGCGACUGUUUCUACGGCUUCAUCUACUUGAUGGAAGCGAGCACUCCUUUCGUAUCACUCCGAGGCAUUUUAUCCAAGAUUGGACUGAAGGAUUCUCCCCUCUACGUCAUAAACGGUCUCAUGAUGCUGGCUGUGUUUUUCCUGUGCAGAAUUGCAAUGUUCCCCUACGUCAUAUACAUGUACGCCACAUCUAUUCAAGUAGACUUUAUAUCGGCAAUAUAUACCCUCCCCAGAGGUUGCUUGAUCAGCAUAUCCAUUUUGUUGUUACCGCAACUGUACUGGUUCUACCUGAUGGUGAUGGGAGCUACUAAAGUCCUAAGGAACGUUGCCUCAAACAACAACACCCUCAAAAACUCGAAGACUAAAUAACCGCCUGGCGGUGCGCCAUCGACUGUUUUUUUUCAAUAGAAAGAUCUCGCGCGAUUCGGGUCGAUGAUAGUGUUCUAGAAAAUAUAUUUUUAUGUGCAUCCAAAUAUUACUGAACCGAACCCGAAUCGUCCGAUGGUUGUUGAGAUUCUAGAGAAAAGGAGGCUGAUGAAGUCACCGGGUUAAGGCCGAAGGGUUGUUUUCGAUGACUGUAUUGUAUUUAUUUAUUUUUACGAAGUAUAAUCCAACAAAAAGGCUUUAGGUGUUCAAUGUAAAUUAAGGGAUGUAUUUUUGUAGUGUCCAGCAUGUGAUUAUGGUUUGCAGAUUCUCGGUUUCGAAUAUGGUUGUGAUAAUGUAUUUAUAUACGUUUGAUUCGAGUAGGCUUCCAGGAACUUUAAAUUGGCUAAGAAUUCACUUUCAUAAAUUAACCCCUUUGAAACAAAAAACUGGCCAAUGAUCCUAUCAUUUCAGAUUAUUUGGAAUCUGAAAAAGAGAAGAAGAUAUGAUAAUGAGUACCAACUUGAAACUUGAGUUUCUUUAUUUCUGCCAUCAAAGAUGUAAGACAGUUAAGGAAAGUUUGCAGCUGUUCCUAGAAAACUAGUCGUAUUUGUGGUCUGUAUGAUUUUUGGAUAAACAUUUUGCAUCAGUGUGAUCCGAUAUAUGUGCACUUUGUUGUACUGUAUACAUGGAUUAUUUAUUGUUGCCUAGUUUUGUUUUAGUUCUAUAUGUGGGAGUAACGUGAAUAAAAUGUAAUAAAUGUUUU